CGCUGGGCGUGGGGCCUCUGUGGUGGUCCUGAUGUGCCCCAUGCCGCAUUGUCUGUAUCUACAGUCAACACAGAGAGCCGCGGCGUGGGGAUCAAGCAGAGUCAGCUCUCUGUGAGCUCCCACAUUGUACAAGAGGAUGAAUUGUUGAAAGCCAUAAGAAGCAACGAACCAUUGCGUCUAACGUUCACUCUCCACUUGACUGAGAGUACAUCCGUCGAGUGGGAGACCGUAGCAUGGCGCCGCUGUCUAUACAUUCGCGUACCCAGCUGCCUUCUGCCUGAAGGAUCAAAAGAGGGCUUUGUUUCGCUCUUAGAAUACGCCGAAGAAACACUACGCUGCACCAAUAUCAUUGUUUGCCUUCGCAAAGAUAGAUCAGACCGAGCAAUGCUGGUUCGUACCUUCAUGUUCUUGGGUUUCACGGUCCUGCCGCCAACUCAUGCCUUGGUACCACCAGGCAGUGACGCUGGCAAUCUCUACAUGCUCUAUGCCAUCGAGUAAUCGGCAAGCAGUUCUGCCUCUCAAAUUUAACGCGCAGGUAUUACCAAGUCUAAGGUAAAAUUCUGAAAAGAAGGACAAUUGGAAAAUUCUGGGAAACGGCACAUUUUUCUUUUAUAUUUUAAGUUUUAAUGUACAUAUAUUAAUUUGCCUUUUCUUAUUAAUUGCAAAUUAGGAAAUAUGAGUUUCGAAAACCACAUUUUUAUCAAACGAUAUCUAGUGCGGAAAAACUUCGGCGUUAAAUUAAAGAGGCUUGAUGAGAAAA